AUGCGGUCCGCCCUGCGCCGCGCGACGGCGGCGCGGCGGCGGCGCCACAAGAGCGGCAUGCCCGCGGACUACGCCAUGGUCCCGCCCUUUCCCCGCGGCGGCUGGAACGCGCACCAGCCGCCCUUUCCGGAGAUUGCACCAACGACCCAAUUGACGACGCUGCCGAGCGGCUUGCGGGUCGUCUCCCAGGAGACGCACACCUAUAUGUCAGCUAUCGGCGUCGUGAUUUGUGGUGGAGCGGCCGACGAGAAGGCCCACCUCGGGACUGUGGGCGGCGCGCAGCUCGCGGAAGUGUGCGCGUGGCGAGGGACGAGGAACUCGUCGACGGCCGACGUGCUGAAGCGCGCGGAGGCGUGCGGGGCGUACCUGCACGCGAACGCGCAGCGCGAGCAGACGCUCUACUGUAUUGAUGCUUUGCGAGAUAAGCUCGAGGACGCGACGCAAUUACUUGCGGAGGCGUGCCUGCUGGGUCCGGACCUCGAGGCGCCGGGCGCCAUGGACGAGGUGCGCGAGGGUAUGGAGCUAGCUUUUCUGGACGCGACGCAGGACGCGCGCGUCCGGGAAAACAUCCACGCCGCCGCGUACGGUUCAUCGCCGUUGGGCGCGCCGCUCCUCUGCCCGCCGUCCCAGCUGCACACUUUGUCCCCAAAAACGCUCGCGGACUUCCGCGCCUUGAUCACGCAGCCCCAAUCGCUGGUCGUCGCGGGCGCGGGUGUCGGCCACGACGAACUUAUUGCAUUGGCCGAAAAACACUUCGAGCCGCACCUGCCUCCAUCAACAGCGCCACUGGCGAUCACACAGUCGCCUUACGUGGGCGGGUGCGUCCUGGCCGAGGAGCGGGCCCCGACGCCGUCUGGUUAUGCUGUUGAAGCCACACCUCAAGUGAGGAUUGCCUGCGCCAUGCGCGCGCCCGAAGGAGGGUGGCAUUCGAAGGAUUUGAUCGCUUGUUGUGUGCUCCAAACUCUGUUGGGGGGUGGCGAUUCCUUCUCCGCCGGUGGACCCGGCAAGGGAAUGUACUCUCGCUUAUACAGAGAGGUGCUCAACCGGUACCACUGGGUCGAGGCCUGCGAGGCCUUCGUGUCCAUCCACGAUCGGGAGGGGUUAUUAGGUAUUGUGGGGGCGUGUGCUCCUGCAAGUGCGCAUCACUUGACCGAGGUGCUCAUGUCCAAUCUGUUGCGGUUGGGCCAGCAGCCUGUUGAGAGAUCAGAAUUGGACCGGGCCAAGAACAUGCUCAAGGUCAACGUGUUGACGCAGCUCGAGUCUAGACUGGUGUUAUUCGAAGAUAUUGCGCGGCAGGUCGCGACUUUUGGGAGGCGCCAAACUUUGCAGGAGAUGACGGCGGCCGUCGACGCCGUCACGGAGGAAGAUAUCUUGAGGAUAGGGCAAUACAUGUGCGCGGCGCCUCCAUCCAUGGCGGCGCACGGCGAGGACCUGUCCAGGGUGCCGCCCUACGAGCAGGUGCGGUCCUGGCGGCUCCGGUAGUCUUAAGUGUUUAAUAGCGUUAGUUAAUCGAUAAGUUGUGCGACGACGGCGACGUGUCGACGGCGCGUCGACUAGGUCUGCUUCGGGUGGAAGCCGUGCCAGAAUUUGGGGGUGACCGCGUGCUUGAUCGUCAGCGCGUGGAUGUAGCACGCCGUCAGCGUCAGGACGGCGGCGAGGAUGCGCCCGACGACCUUGAAGAAGCGCCACUCCGUGUCCGUAUGGAUCUGGUACGUCGACAUCGUCAGCGUCACCAUCGGAAACACGACGCCCCACCAGUUCGGAGCGAAGGGAAUGCCCGUGCCGCCGCCGAGGCCGAGGCGGCUGCUCAGCGACGAGUGGUGGAAGGACGUGGACGAGGCCAGAAAAUACACCCAGACUCCGAAGCCCCACAGGAACAAGCCGAUGGCGAUGGCUCAGAUUGGCUUCAAUGGCGCCUAA